GGGACGUCGUCGUAGAACGACGCGGACAAACGUUCAUAUACCGGUCGGGCGUCUCAGACAACGCAAAAGUUUUUGGGUAAAAAACACGCUUCUCGAAGGAACCCUUAUUAAGUACAGAAAAUAAUAUUGCCAAGAAACCUUUUUCAUUUUGAGAUGGAGCCAUGGACGGUGAAAACCGCAUCAUCUUAAAUGUCGGCGGAAUCCGUUAUGAGACUUACAAAGCGACGCUCAAAAAAAUUCCUGCUACAAGAUUGUCUCGAUUAACGGAGGCUUUAGCAAAUUACGAUCCAAUUCUGAACGAAUACUUCUUUGACAGACAUCCGGGAGUAUUUGCCCAGAUUCUGAACUACUACAGAACGGGUAAGCUGCACUAUCCAACAAACGUAUGUGGUCCCCUGUUUGAAGAAGAACUGGAAUUUUGGGGUUUAGACUCAAAUCAAGUUGAACCCUGUUGUUGGAGUACGUACAGUGUGCACCGAGACACUCAGGCUACAUUGGCGAUAUUAGACAAGCUGGAUAUAGACGCGGAACGGCCCAACGAUGAAGAAGUGGCAAGAAUGUUCGGGUACGAAGAGGCGUACCACGCCGGAACCCUUACGAGGUGGCAGAAACUUAAACCCAAAAUAUGGGCACUAUUCGACGAACCGUAUUCGUCAUCAUCGGCCAAGAUAGUCGCCGGAGCAUCCGUGUUUUUUAUUUGUGUGUCGGUGUUCUCGUUCUGUUUGAAAACCCACCCUGACAUGAGGGUGAAGUGCGAAAAUCAUAAAGAAGCGGACUGCACGGAACCCCAUCCGUAUUUUCUUACGGUCGACCAUUUUUGCAAUGCCUGGUUUACCUUUGAAUUGUCCGUCAGACUUAUCGUUUCGCCAAACAUAAUCGAGUUUAUCAAAUCUCCAGUAAACAUAAUCGAUUUUGCUGCCACCCUGAGCUUUUACAUCGACAUGAUCCUCAUAUUUGAGAAGAAAUCCCAGCUGCUCGACUUUUUCAGCAUCAUAAGAAUUUUGCGGCUGUUUAAACUUACAAGGCAUUCGCCCGGUUUGAAAAUCCUGAUUCAUACUUUCAAAGCGUCGGCCAAGGAGCUUGCCCUUUUGGUCUUUUUUCUCGUGUUGGGAAUUGUCGUCUUUGCGAGUCUCGUUUAUUACGCUGAGAAAUUGCAGGACAACAAAGAAAAUAGCUUUAAAAGUAUCCCGGAAGGACUGUGGUGGGCCAUUGUCACCAUGACUACGGUCGGUUAUGGUGACAUGGCUCCGAAAACGUAUGCCGGUAUGUUUGUCGGCGCACUCUGCGCUUUGGCCGGAGUAUUAACCAUUGCUUUGCCGGUUCCAGUCAUCGUUUCCAACUUUUCCAUGUUUUAUUCACACACCCAGGCUAGAGCAAAACUUCCCAAAAAAAGGAGGCGAGUUCUGCCGGUGGAACAGCCUCGACGCAAAAAGGUGGAAAAUAUCGGCAAUCGACGAGUGAACGCUAUAAAACAUCAUCCUGGCGUCAUAAAAGAUGCUUUCGGAACAGCCAAACUCGGUAGCGCGAAUGGGCUCAACGUGAUUGGAGCCACGCUGCAAGACCCGGCGACACCCAACUCUACCGCAUUUCAUCACAACGGGCCCUACGCUUUUCAGAUGUCUGAAGUUGCUUUGCCUCUCACUGCUCCCCCAAGCAUGGUGGUCACUCCACUGCAGCCUCGUCCAGCGACCACGGGCAGUGUCGAUAUGCUGCCUCUGCAACCAAAAUACUUACCGGGAUAUUUCAGAGAGUACUGCUCGGAGCCUAGGGACACUCCAUCACAAUCCGGACACAGAGAAAAUAGUCCGUCACGCAAAUUGUCUACAAAUUUUUCGAGCAAAAUUUACCCACUGGAAAGUUCAUUGGAAGCGGAAUUGGGUCGAGCUAGCGUACCAGCGAUGGCAAUCGGCAGCUCGACGGAGGUAUUGGUGUGCAUCGUUGAAAACCAGGCGAAACUUCGAAAAAGCUCCUUCAUUUCGGAGACGACGGCACCGUUGGACGAGGCGAACAAUAAAUCUGUCAACGUAGAGUUGUCUGUGUCGGCAGAAUCCACAGCUGCGAAUGCCGAAACCGAGAACCCAGUUUUCGACGGGAAAAACAUGAAAAACGGACUUGAUAACGACAUUGACGCGCUGAAAGAUGAACACAUUCAGAAAAGUGUGGUCGUUUAAGUGUUAUUUUAAAAUUGCAAAUUGACGGCAUUAUCAAAUCAGUGUGUUUUAAGUUCGUACGGUCUGUAUAAGUAAAGGGAUGGCCUUUUAUUUUACUUAUCUCUUGGUGUAAUAAUAAAAUCGAAUGUCCUAAAACUAGAAGUCGACAUAAACAUGGGCUUAGUUUCCCGUCCGUAAAAUUUAUGCAUAGAAAGCCACUAAUCUACCUACCGAUUUCGCAAUUGCAUUGAUUCCAACCUACGUGUUUGUUUAUUACAGUAAGUGGAGGGCAUGAACCUAUCGAUGUGAUGUAUAUUAUUAAGUUUAAUUAAUCCCUGCUCCGGGAUAGCAAAAAUUACAAAAUUACUACCAAUAUGAAAACAUCAAGUGCUCAAAAUUUUAAAUCUAAGCGAGGCAGAAAAAACGUCUAUUUCGGGAAUUUCAUUAAAAAUCAUUCGAUGGAUGCUGUAUUGAAAUUAAUAUGUCCAGAAAGCCCCUCCCGAAUAAUCUUAUCAUAGUAGGAAAUUUCUGAUUUAUCGCCUCUCUAAAAAUAUACAGUGCUUGAACUAGCCAAAAAAACAUACAGGUUCCUAUUUAAUGAUUUUCGGAUUAAUUUUAUCCACUCAUCUAAAGAUCGCUGUCCAACCAUCUCCUAUAUGUAGAUCAGUGGCGCAAAAAAAAAACGAAAUCUUUGGUUACUAUAUGUAGAUCAGUGGCGAAAAUAUAUCCGAAAUCUUUGGUUACCGAGCUCGAAAUUUGCAAUUCUUUAAUCUGCGCUGUCAUCUGUGGAUCAGUUGCGAAACUAAAACCAAAUUCUUUGAUUAGGAAUCUAUAACAUCUUUGGUUUGUUAGGAAUCUGUAAUUUUCGUAUCUCCGAUCUCUCGGAGGACGGAAGUUUUAGAAGUUACGUACCCGUACUACUAAAAAAUUCUUCGAAGACACAAGCAUGAUCACAAUUCGAAGACUUCGAAUUGGAGAACUUUUGUGUGUUGGCGACUCUAGUAGUGUGCGUUUCGAACGUGACUUUAUCCUUCUUCUUUACUUAAUAGGUCAUUACAUUUUAUGUGGGCAGAUGAUUCUUAAUAAAUAGAAUCAUACAGGGUGCAAGGUGUAAUGAACGUUGUGAUAGUUUUUGAUUAUGAAUUAUUAUCCAGCUUUUAGACCAUGCCGAUUGCGUCUUUAUAAUUCGAUACUGGUUCAAUUUCUAGCACAAAUUCAAUAUUUUAGAACUAUGGAACGUGUCAGUUAUAAGAGAACAUUAUACCAAAUUACCAAAAUUAAGAUAUCGAAUGUUGCUUUUAAAUUGUGCAACCUAUUUUUCCGUAAAAAUUCAACUUAUCUGGUAUUCUGACACUUGUAUCUCGCCAGUAAAUGCGGUUUUUGGCUUAAUCUUUCUAAAACUUCUAUACUAUCGAAUUUAAUAUUAGAUAUUUGCUUACAUUUGCAAAAAAGCUCUUUUUACUGCGGUAAUGCUUAUUAGAGCGAGCUAGUGUGUUCAGUUAUAUUAAUAACGUUUAAAAGGUAAACUAGAAAAGUUUCCUUACUCCUAACUUUGGAGACGGCAAGGUCUAAUAAUUGGUUUGGACUUUGUUCAGUCCCAAUUUGAAGAAAAGGUUACAAUUUUUAACCGAUUAAACAAAUCGACCGCGUUUGCUUUGUUCCUUCUCUACAUCGAUUAAUUCAAUCCCCCGUAAAGCCGAUUAUAGGUUCAACCCUUGUUUGUAAUUUAAUCCAUUGGUUGACCAAGCUUACAUACAACACAUCGGUUAAUCCUUUCGGAAUCGAAACAAAAAAAGUUCCACAAUAAGACCGAUAUCGUAUUAAGUUGUUCUAAUGCACAUUUGCAAUAUCUGUCAAGAUUUAAGAUGACCAAUCUUGAAGGCUUAAUUUUAAUUUAUGUGGUAAAUGAUCUCGGGCCCAACGAAUGCAGACACUGGAAAGAGAAUAUAUUUUGUAUAUAGAACUAUAGCAUGCUGCACCACGUUUAGUGUAAAAUUUGGAGCAAUUAAAGGGAUGUUUUAUAAUAUGCGUAUUACUUACUCCGGUAGUAAUGUACAUUUUUGUACACAGGGUCGUAAUAAUUUAUUUUUGUUUUGUUUGAUUUGGUUCAUCAAAUAAAAACCCAACGUCAGUGGCUUGGGUUUUGUAGAAAAGCUGCA